AUGAACUCCUCCCAGCAGUACAAGGCCUCAUUCACGGCGCUACCACAACAUCGUCACGUCUUCAUGGAGUACAUCCAUCCAGGUGCAGAGACUCCCUUCAGAGAUGACAUCUCUACUGAAGUCUCGUGUCCUAGUAUCCAGGAUAUUAUUGGGUUCGGUCGCUCGGCUGGUUCAGACGGGAAGGGAGUUGCCGGAGCACCCUCACCUAUCAAUGACUUGAAAAUGCCUCCAAAAGAGCUGGUUUUCAUGUCGUACGGCGUGUAGUAUACGCAGUUUGCACUUGCGGAUGUCAGCUUCCAGGCUCUUAAUUCAACAUAGAAGUCUGAUAUGAUCAGGGAAGACCUUGGUUGAUAUAUGUC